GGCGCCGAGCAUUCCGUCAAAGCCAGACAGUGCGGCACGAUCGAAAGAAAGCGAGCCCGAGAAAGUGGAAAACUAAAUUUCGAUCUAUCUUUCUCAAAGAGAUUAAUAUUGUUAAUAAUAAUAAUAAUAAUAAGUUAUUUUUUUGUUCAUUUACCUUCGAGUAUUAUUCAUUAAAGUAUCUCACGUCGUUAGAAUUUUUCCUAUUUUUCUGGUGAGAAAUGGGAAUCAUCAAAACGGCAUCGGAGAGUAUACUAGAAGAGACAGUCGUACCUAGUGAAGAAGCCAAUUAUUCUUUGCAAGGACAUCCCGAAGAGUGGAGUGAAAAUUUUCCAUAUCAACUGCUGGUAGGAACUGGAGUUGCCUUGAUGGCUCUAGUACUUUUAGCUGCAAUUAGCUUUCAAUGCUCUUCUACUUGGAGAUGGCUGUUGGGUGUUGCUCGUCAUGAAAACGACGAAGAUGCAAAUGGUGACUUGUCUCAGCAAAAUGCUAUUCGCAUAAGUCACUCCUUGCCGGAUUUACAAUCGGAGCCGAUUACUCAUGAAUACGUUCAAGAACAAAAGGACAGUAAGAAGGUAUUACGUCAAACCACUUUACCAAUUGUUCCAAUGCGCCACCAAAGUUUUCAACGACAAUUGUCUCAUCGUCUCGACUUGCCCAGUAUCAAAUUCAGUAUCUGCAGUCUGGAAAAUCGUAGUGAUUCUAGUCUCGGUCUUAUCAGGCCGGAACUCUACAAAAAGGAUCUUGUGAGGCAGGAAAGCACGGAGAGUUCUAGUACUACAGAAAUGGAAUACGCCGGAAAGCUACAUUUCGCUCUUCGUUACGAUAAGGAAAUCGACGGUCUCGUCGUUAAGGUUUUAGAAGCUCGAGAAUUACCGGUGAAAGAUGUAACAGGUAGUAGUGAUCCUUAUAUAAAGGUAUACCUCCUACCCGAUCGAAAGAAAAAAUAUCAAACGAAGGUUCAUCGAAAAAACUUAAACCCGAUCUUCAACGAAACAUUUAUUUUCAGUGUUCCUUACGAGGAAGUGAAGGAACGCUAUUUACAAUUUUCCGUCUACGACUUCGACCGUUUCUCUCGACAUGACCUCAUUGGCCAAGUAGUCCUUAAAGGAUUGUUAGAUUGCACCGACCUUGAGCAAGAAAUCGAGUACACGAUGGAUAUUCUUUCUGCACCGCAGGAAAAAGUGGAUCUAGGUGAAUUAAUGUUGUCCCUCUGUUUCCUUCCAACCGCUGGACGGCUGACACUGACAGUGAUCAAAGCUAGAAACCUCAAAGCUAUGGAUAUAACGGGAGCAUCCGAUCCAUAUGUAAAAGUGUACCUUCUCUGCCGUGGUAAGCGAAUAAAGAAAAAGAAAACAACCGUGAAGAAAAACACGCUAUUUCCUGUGUAUAACGAGGCACUUGUUUUCGACGUACCGGCAGACAACAUAGAAGAAGUCAGUCUUAUAGUGAAAGUUAUUGAUUACGAUAGGAUCGGAUCAAACGAGUUAAUGGGCUGCACGGCGAUCGGUUCGAGCUUUAUCGGAAUUGGUCGAGAUCAUUGGUUGGAAAUGUUAGACAAUCCAAGAAAACCAGUUGCUCAAUGGUAUCCUCUUCUCGAAACUGUAGCAGGUCAUAUUCCCUCGGUUGCUUCCGAACCACUUCCAGUAAGUUUGAGCUGCUUAAACAGUAGAUGAAGACAAAAGAUUGGAAGACAAACUUGCGGAUGCUCGCAGAAUUCCUUGGACGUCGACUUGGACAACGUCCCUUUCUGUCGUCAUUUAAUGCAUAUCGCUUGACUGACUUAAGUACAAUCUCUAUUUCAAACAAGGACUCGAAAGUCAAAACUCUGUGCUUUGAAAAUCUUUACUUGCGACUGUUGUGUGGACUAGUAAACGAGUAUUCGCUAAUGACAGCCUAGGAGAAAAGUAGAAAACAAAAAAAAGAAACAAAAAAAAAAAAAAAGAAAGAAGGAAAGAGGGAAUCUAUGACCAUUUGCACAGGUUUACAUUAGUUGAGGUCACCGAUAAUAAAAAAGAUGACCAAUAGAAAAA